CGCAAGCAGCCGACCCGCGAGCGGCGGGCGCGGCGCUGGGGUCCUGGGCGCCAGCACCGCCUUCGUCGUGAAGGGCCAGCACAACCAGACGCCGCUGCACCUCCGACAACCCCAGGCCCCGUUCGGCGACAAUCCCAACGCCGGCAUGAUCCCCGCGAGCGACCUAGCGGACCACUACCCAUGGUCCUCGAAGUUCGACGCUACUGGGGGCAUGGUGAAGGCGGGGGUCAGGUUGGUGCCGCGGAAGAACGGGGUGGAGGUAUACGAGGACGUCGGGUCCUCGAAGGUCCUCCGCACGCUGACGAAGAACGAAAUAGUCGAGGCGCUUGGCCCGGCGCUGAAGGAGGAAAACGACGGGCACCUACUGGUUCCCAUCAAGCCGAAGGGCGUAGUGGCGAAGGACCGAUCUGAUGUACUUUUACAACCUGCGGGGCAACGACCGCAUAGGACGGCGUGGUGGCCGGACACCGACGAGCCCCUGUCGCUGUGGCCGAAGGGGCUGAAGCGCCCGGCCGGCCGACAGGAUGGCAGGCCCCUGCCGGUGCGGUUCGGCGGCACUGGCUGGGUGAAGGGCGCCCCGACGCACCCGUCGGAGGAUCCGAUGUGCGCGCUGCUGCCCUGGUCGCGGCGGUGCGGCUGGCGCGAGGACUGGAAGCGGCCACACAUCCCGGGCGACCCGCUCCCGGAGACGCCCCCGUCGCCGGGCCCGCGCCCGGCGCUCGGCGCCGACUGGCGAGGCGUGGAGAGCGGGCCCGCCCCCGCCGAGGGCCUGGAGCGGCCGACGCACCUGCCGGCGGCGAUGAGGUGGAGCGACGAGCCAGCCGUGCUCAAGGGCGCCGCCGUCGAGGCCUGA